AUGCUCUCAAGCACGCUGGCCCGGAGAACCUGUCGGUCUUUUUGCUCUGCAAGAUUCCAUCUCCGGUCUAGCCACAACCAGACAUCCUCGCAACAAAAUGCAGAAGGCCCGAAGACCACUCACUUUGGCUUUCAAACGGUGCCAGAAGAGAGCAAGGAGUCCCUCGUGCGCAAUGUUUUCGACUCCGUCGCGUCCUCGUAUGACCUCAUGAACGACGCGAUGUCGUUGGGAGUACACCGGCUCUGGAAAGAUGAAUACGUCUCCCUGCUCAAUCCUGGCUCUAAAGGGCCCAUGAAAUGCAUUGAUGUCGCUGGCGGCACAGGAGACAUCGCACUCCGUCUACUGGACUUCGCGAGAGAACGCUACGCGGACAGGGAGACGACCAUAGAUGUCGUGGACAUCAAUACAGAAAUGUUGAAAGCGGGGUAUACGCGUUUCAAGAAAACAAUGUAUCACAAUACACCUCAAAUUGCUUUCCGCGAGGGUAACGCGCAGGCACUCCCGGAGGAGCAAUUCCCGUCGAAUACAUAUGACUUAUAUACCAUUGCCUUUGGUAUUCGCAAUUGUACAUCCGUCCCGGAUGUUCUCAAGGAAGCAUACAGAGUCUUGAAGCCAGGCGGAACUUUCGCUUGCCUCGAGUUCAGCAAAGUGAACAAUCCUCUAUUCGGCGCCGUUUAUGACCAGUAUUCGUUCUCCGUUAUCCCCCUCCUGGGGACUAUUCUGGCGGGUGAUCGAGCAUCAUAUCAAUAUCUCGUCGAGUCCAUACGGAAGUUCCCCCCGCAGCCUGAGUUUGCCCAGAUGAUCGUUGAUGCGGGGUUCACCACAGGCGGAAUGUUUGAAGGGAAAGGUGGUGCUUGGAGAGACCAGUGGAACGGCAUCGCUUCGAUUCAUAUGGGCGUGAAACUAUGA